AUGGACUCCUCACGACGGAUAUCGUAUGCGAUAGUCCUCGCAUUUACGAUACCCACAUUUGCCCAUUUUCUAGAUCCUAUUUUGACCUCGGCUGUGAUUGAAGCUAGACAGGCUGUCGAGACUCCGACUCCAACUCCGACACACCCACGACAGUAUCCCAGGGACGAAGCAGACAAUCUAUCCACGUACACAGUCACAUACGCCCCAAACUCGACGUGCGGCUAUCUGUCGGGAUCUGUUCAAAUUCCCAUCACUUGUGAAAACAAAGGCAUCUGCCUGUGGGAGUUGGAGUACUUCCGGUUCAUUGCCUGCGAGAUCGACAAAGACACUGGGCUCGCGCGUACAAAAUGCCUGCAGAGGGACGAGGCUCUCGACCCUGUUCUCUGA